GGCCCACCUCCCCACCCCCCGUAUUUUUUAUUUUCUUGGGAUCAACUGUCAGUUUCUCACUGUCUCCACAAAACCAUCGAGUAGAUCGGGCCUAGCUGGAACCAUCGAGGCCCCCAAGAGCUCCACCUAGUUCACGGGAUCAAACCCCGCAGCAGCAGAACUCCGAGGCGGCAAUGGCCAAACCCCAGGUGGCUGUAGCGCCCGUAUUAAUGUCCAAGCUGUCCGUCAACGCUCCCGAAUUUUACCCAUCAGGUUAUUCUUCUAACUAUACAGAAUCCUAUGAGGAUGGUUGUGAAGAUUAUCCUACUCUGUCAGAAUAUGUUCAGGACUUUUUGAAUCACCUUACAGAGCAGCCUGGCUGUUUUGAAACUGAAAUUGAACAGUUUGCAGAGACCCUGAAUGGCUGGGUUACCACAGAUGACGCUUUGCAAGACCUUGUGGAACUCAUCUAUCAACAAGCCACAUCUAUCCCAAACUUCUCCUAUCUGGGAGCUCGUCUGUGCAACUACCUGUCGCAUCAUCUGACAAUUAGCCCACAGAGUGGCAACUUCCGCCAGUUGUUACUUCAGAGAUGUCGGACUGAAUAUGAAGUUAAAGAUCAAGCUGCAAAAGGGGAUGAAGCAACUCGAAAACGAUUUCAUGCAUUUGUCCUCUUUCUGGGAGAACUGUAUCUUAAUUUGGAGAUCAAAGGGACAAAUGGACAGGUCACAAGAGCAGAUAUUCUACAGAUUGGUCUUCGGGAGUUACUGAAUGCCCUCUUUUCCAAACCUGUGGAUGACAACUUAAUUUGUGCAGUAAAAUUACUCAAAUUGACAGGGUCAGUUUUGGAAGAUGCCUGGAAGGAGAAAGGAAAAACUGAUAUGGAAGAAAUUAUUCAGAGAAUUGAAAAUGUUGUCCUAGAUGCAAAUUGCAGCAGAGACGUCAAACAGAUGCUCUUGAAGCUUGUAGAACUCCGGUCCAGUAACUGGGGUAGAGUCCAUGCAACUUCCACAUAUCGAGAGGCAACACCUGAAAAUGAUCCUAACUAUUUUAUGAAUGAACCAACAUUUUAUACGUCUGAUGGUGUUCCUUUCACUGCAGCUGAUCCAGAUUACCAAGAGAAAUAUCAAGAACUACUUGAAAGAGAAGACUUUUUUCCAGAUUAUGAAGAAAAUGGAACAGAUUUAUCGGGGGCUGGUGAUCCAUACUUGGAUGAUAUUGAUGAUGAGAUGGACCCAGAAAUAGAAGAAGCUUAUGAAAAGUUUUGUUUAGAAUCAGAGCGUAAGCGAAAGCAGUAAAGAUAAGUUUCAGCAUAUCAGAUUUAUACAGCAGUUUAGAUAUGGUGAUUUAGCAGAACACAGGAAAGCAAGAAAAUGCAUCACACGUAUACCAAAUUAAGGAUAUUGAGUUAUGUUACUAAUGUAUGCAACUUUUAAUUUUCUUUAACACUAUCUGCCAAAAUAAACUAUUCCCUAUAACUUAAAAUGUGUAUAUAUAUAUAAUAGUUUAUUAUGUACAGUUAAUUCCACUGUUUUGGCUGCAAUAAAAUCGAUUUUGAAAUAAAUGAAAUGUUGAAAGUAAAUUUUGCUAGAUGGUUAGAAGCAACAUAUCGUUUAAAUUCUACUUUUCUUUAGGAGUCUUAGCCUGAAAAUAGAAUGACUACAGAAAUGUAGCAUUCAUUAUGAAUAUUACAGCUUUCAUUUCAGUCUGAACUUAAGUGUCUCAUUGAGAUUCCACAUAUGAAUCACAGUCAUGAAAAUCUUGGGCACUAAAAUCUUGGAUUAUGAUAUUAACAACUGAUGUUACAUAUGCAGGUUCCUGUUUGAAACCAAGGGCUUUUAUAAUGUUACUAAAAAAUGACUUGGAGAACUCCAACAAAAUAACCAAGACUCUUCACUGAGGGUUUAUUCCAAUUCUAUAAUUGUUCUUCCAGUUACUUUUAUGCUUAAAAAAAUUUUUUUUCACCUGACUAACUUCAUUUCCCUAAGGCCUAAAACAGUCCUGCUAUAUUUACAAGGCUUUUUCUUUUUAUUUUGUAGUAUGAGUUAUGUUGACUUUUUUACUAGACAAUUUUACUGGAUCUUUGUCCCUUGAGUUUUCAUCUGCUUUAUAAUUGAUACACCCAGAGGAUCACUUUUCUAAUACUUUACUAUAUAAUAUGGCACCACCCUGCCCUAUUUAAGUAAUAUUUUUAUCUAAUGUCAAAAUUCUUUUUCCAACUAACUAAAAAAUAAAACUUAUAUUAAAAAGAACUGCUUGUAAAUAUGCAUGUAAAUAGUUCUGCUAAUAAUCCGCUGUUUUACAUUUGGUACAUCUGUGUCAGCCAAUACAAUUAGCUUUCUUACACUUCUACUUGUUUGCCCAGUCUGAAUUAAAAUUAGACUUUGAAAAUAAAAUAUAAAUAGUUCUGUUUC